GAGCAGCGGGGCAGGACUGCAGACGAACCGGACCCUGAGGAAAAUCCGUUUUUUGUUUGGUUUGUUUUUCUUUUCAUGUUUUCCACCUCAAACUGUCACGCGCUGACUCAGAACGACUUCCUGUGAACCUGACGAGUCUGUGCCGCCACACCUGAGUGGAGGAGGAGCGUCGGGUUUCGCUUCCUGUUUGUGAGCAGGUGAGACACACCUGAGCAGGUGAGCGGACAGAGGUGCGGACACAGGCGGUUUAAACGGAGCAGUUUCUCAGUUUAACGUGUAAAUUCACGGCUGAGGUGAAACACACCUGAGACUGUCAGGGCGGAGCGGCGAGACGCGUCACGAGGCGGUAAACUCUCUUCUUCCUGCAACAUUCACAAAAUGCCUCCAUCCUCCUCUUCCUCCCUCCGGCCGCCUCUCCUCCUCCUCCUCUUCUUCCUCCUGCCGCUGCUGCGGCGCGGCGGAGCGGAAGAAGACUCGAACUGCAGCGGCACUUUCCGCUCCGGUCAGGACGACUUCGUGCUGGACACGGAGGACGCGGUGAAGGAGGGAGCGUGUCUGCUGGACACCGCGCACGUGCAGUCCCCGGAGUCAUGCGAGCGCUUGUGCUGCGGGGACCCGCGAUGCAACCUGGCGCUGCUGGGGCCGCGCGGCCCUGAAGCGCCUGCGGCACAGGAGGACAAGCGCAGCUGCGUCCUGUUCAGCUGUAUCUACAGAAACCGCUUCGUGUGCAGGUUCGUGAACCAGGCCGGAUACCUGACCUACAUCAGAGAAGCCGUGUUCCGGAAACACCUGGCGGGACCGCAGGAACCAGGUGAGCCCAUCGCCAACGCGGGUCGUGAUGUCAUCAUUCAGCCCGGAGAGACGGUGACCCUGAACGGCACUGAGAGCCUGGCACUGGGCGACGCCAAGAUCACCGACUACAGCUGGAGCCUGCAGAGCGGAGACCCCGGCGUCAGAAUGGAGAAGACGGAUUUUCCUGACCAGGUGCAGCUCUCCAACCUGCAGACGGGUUCGUACGUUUUCCAGCUGACCGUCACCGACUCCAAUAACCAAUCAGAUGACGCCAAGGUCACCGUCCUCGUCCUCAGCCCGGAGCUGUCCAGCUCGUACUGUUUGGUUCCCGUGAAGGUCGGUCCGUGUCGCGGCGCGUUUCCUCGCUGGCAUUACAACGCUGCGACGGGCAGCUGCGAUCACUUUGUGUUCGGAGGCUGUAAACCCAACAACAACAACUACCUGACCAAAGACGAGUGUUUGUCUGCCUGCAGAGGAGUCACAGCGACAGCAGAGAGGGGCACCACUCUGCCCGCUGGAGAGGUGUGUGGGUCAGCUUGUCGUCCUGAUCAGCUGAUCUGUGGCAGCGGCUGCUGCCUGGACAGGAAUCUGGAGUGUGACGGUGUGAAACACUGCAGCGACGGAUCAGACGAGGAGCACUGCAGCAGACUGAACCAGACCUUCAGUCGCCUGCUGAGCAUCGACGUCAACCUGAAAAAAGCUCCGUGCACUGACCCACCCCGCACUGGUCCAUGUCGGGCUAGUCACACCCGCUGGUACUACGACCCUCUGAACAGGAAGUGCCACCGCUUCACCUAUGGUGGCUGUGACGGAAACGAAAACAACUUCGAGGAGGAAGACAAGUGCAGCGCUUCGUGUGACGGAGUGACUGAGCGUAACGUCUUUUCCAGAGGGUUGUUCGACCGUUUUGAGAAGGAGGAACAGGAAGGCGACGACUCAGGCUCCAUAACGCUGGCUGUGAUCCUGUCGGUGGCCAUCUUGGCUCUGCUGGCCAUCCUAACCUACUGCUUUCUGAGGGCCAGGAAGGAGCGCUCCCAUAGGCCUGUCUCCACAAGCCCCGCCCACGUGGCACUGUCAGAGCAGGACACGCUCGUUUACAACAGCACCACCAAACCUGUAUGAUGUCAUCACCUCACCUGUGUGACAUCAUCACUUAUAUCAGCCCCACCAAACCUGUCGCUGUGAUGACUACAGGUCUGUCUACGGUCUUCACCUGUGUCACCAUGGUGACCACAGGCCUGUGUAAGACUGUCACUGCUGUCGCCACGGAGACCGUCUCCAGCUUCUCAGGUUCUGUUUCUCUCUGAUUCAUUCAAAUGUUGUUUAUUGUUGUUGUUUUUUAUUAAUCGCUUCAGUAUUGUGGAAGUUUAGCCCCUCCCCCCAGAAGCACCUGCAGCAGGUGUGUGUCACACUGAUCGACAUCAGUUCUGAUCCCAGUGAAAGCCGGACUGGACCUGUUGAUGUUCAGCCUUUGUUUCUGCUCUCAGGUGUUUGAAUGGGUCUGAUUUCACUGUGGGUUUUAUUUAGAUUGAAAAUGAAAAACAUGUAAAUAUGAAGUUAUUUUUCAAAACUCUCAGACGGUUAAUGAUCUGUUCUCCUCACGUUUUAAUGUUUUUAAUAUUUAAUUUGUCAAUAAAACCUUGUGAGGA